AUGCAAAACAGUAAAGGAAGUGAUGUUCAUAUUGUUGUUAAUGGGAUUGAGCAGCCAGAACCACCCCUCUUUCUUAGGAUGUUCAUUGGUCUUGCUCCGCUAAAAGAUGGGUUUGUAAGAGGUUGUCGACCUAUUAUCGGGGUGGAUGGAUGUCACUUAAAAGGAGCAUACCCCGGGCAAAUCCUUGUGGUAGUUUCAAAGGAUGGAAAUAAUAACAUUUUUCCAUUAGCAUGGGCCACAGUGGAGAUUGAGAACACGGAGACAUGGGAGUGGUUCUUGGAAUAUGUAAAGAGCAUGUUGAGAAGUGAUCAAGGGGAUGGCUUCACCUUCAUGUCUGACAGACAGAAGGGUUUGUUGGAAGCCCUACAAACUGUUGUACCUCUAGCUGAGACAAGGUACUGUGUCAGGCACAUUUGGGCCAAUUUUAAGCUCAAUUUCACCGGAACAACAUUCAAGGAAUUGUUUUGGGAUGCGGCUAGGGCAACUACUGAAUUAGACUUUGAGGUGGAAAUGGAAUGCAUUCAUUUCCUAUCCGAAGAUGCGCAUGAGUACCUAGCUAAAAUUCCCCCCCGUCAUUGGUCUAGACAUGCAUUCACGCCAAACUGCAAGUCCAACAUGCUUUUGAACAACUUGUGUGAGACUUUCAAUGCAGUGAUCAAAGAUGCUAGAGACAAACCUAUUCUCACUCAAAUGGAGUGGUUAAGACGAUACAUGAUGAAAAGGAACAAUGACAAGUGGGAGGCAGCAAAGAAAGUUGAAGGGAAGUUCAUGCCUUAUGUGCAAACUGUGUUUGAUGGACUAGAGAAGUUAUCUAGGUCAUGCAUAGUGCAACAAUCAAGAGAUGAUAAUUAUGAAGUUCAGUUAAAGGGUGAUCAAUGUGUGGUUGACUUAGAACAAAGGACUUGCAGUUGUUAUCAGUGGGAACUAACCGGGAUACCUUGUGUGCAUGCUUUUGCUUGUAUGCUAGACAAAAGAGUGGAUCCAGAGUUGUAUGUUUACCCUUAUUACUCUAAGGAGACAUACCUGUUAGCAUAUGAGUCUCUUAUUAAGCCUAUGCCUGGACCUAAACAUUGGGAAAAGGUGAACAUGAGACAACCACUCCCACCGGCAUUCAAGGUUCAACCCGGAAGACCCAAAGGAAAGAAGAGAAAGCUUGAAAAGGGAGAAGGAAAAUCUCAAGUUGCUGAUGAGGCUAAGAAACCAAAGAGGAAGAACCAAUGCAAGAAUUGUGGUGGUUUUGGGCAUUAUGCCAAGACUUGUAAAAUCCCGUCUACAACGGAAUCAAGAACGACAAUGACAAAUGUCGGUAGACCACCACUGCAAACUCCAUGGGUCAAAGAACAAAGGAAGAAAAAUGAGGAAAGGAUUGCAAGGAAGGCUUCUUCUCAAGGGGCGGGGCCAAACAGCAUCGCUAACAAGACUUUCCCCCAAGAAACUAUAUUGCUGCUAAUGACUGUACUGAUGCUGACUAGGCCAGGAGUUGUUGCUGACUGGUCUGGAGAUGCUGCUGACUGGUCAGGAGUUGCUGCUGACUGGUCUGGAGUUGCUGCUCAAGCUGAAUAA